AUGUGGCACUGGUUAUCAGGGCAUGAAGUGAUGAUGUUCCCGAACAACGUGCUAUCGCUGGUUGACGUAAUCUUGGUUGAGGGAUUAUUUUCCCCCGUUGUGGAUGUACCAUAUGCCGAAGAGCUACCGGCGGGCGAGGAGCUCUCCGGGUUCAGUGCUUGUGGUAUUGGGUUUGUGCUUAUGACUGCACUUAAACACAGAUCUGAGAAAUUUCCCGUGAGGGUAUCCGUUGUAGUCAUUGGGACCGUCAACUUUGUGGCUAUCUCAAUGACCAAAGUGGAACUGGCCACAUACACGAGACCGAUAGCUUGUGGGUGUUUAGCUACGGGGGAAAAUGGCACAACUGAUGGUCUGGUUUUGUACCCUGGAAAGAUGGCGAUAAUAGGUUCAAUCCUGUCGUAA